AUGUUACUCGACCGGGUGAUAAUUGUGAAUCGUCAAGCUAGAUCGGACGCCAACGAAGGGUUAUCGCAGGACAGUCGUCCAUUGAACACCAAGUUCAACCUGGAUAGUCAACAUGACUACUUCGAGACUAUCCGGGCUCGAAUCUUGGCAGGACUUCAAGCCCAACGCCUUGAGUCGAGUGGAUCUCCAGGCUGGGUGACAACAGAGAUACCGAAAAUUGUCUAUUUCGAACCGCCGCUGGAGAGCAGUACCAUGUCCGAGAAUGAUCGCUCCGCCAUGCUCGAGAUCCUACAGAGAUUGGCGAAGGAAGGCCUCGCAAAUACCGCUCACAUCCCAAUAGAGCGAAUGGAUUCUGCGAGCGUCAUGGAGUUCGCUUCUAAUGCCGACGUUCUGAUCAGCGUGCUUGGAUACGGCUUGACGGCCCAGCUGAUCAUGCCACCAAGGGGAACAGUGAUCGAGAUAUUUCCUAAGGGAUGGUCUGACGCUGGAAAUUCUAGGAUGUCGGAAGCUUUGGGUCAUGAGCAUCUAUUGCUCUUAACCAUUCUGCAGCAGGGAAAUCGGGUGAAGGCGAAACACGAGAGGACGCGGAAAGGGGACAAGACAAUGCACAACCGAGCGAGUCCGUUGAAAGUGGACGUUCGCGUUUUAGAUAGCCUCUUGCGGAAGAUCGUGAAAAGAUCUCUCUAUCCUCGUAUAGCAAUCAUCACCAUGUUCGCUCGUACUGCUAUAAGGUCAUUAAGAGCCCAGCCCGUAUCAUCCCGAGCUGUGGCUUUGCGGACAUACGCUACUGAACAGCAACAGAAGUACGCGGGAAUCACCAACGAAGAGAACCGCACUCGUCUCGCGCUCGGUGCUGCUUCUGCUGUUUUACUUGGAUACUUCUUCUACGCUACAUUUGCCCCGGGACCUCCGAGUCCAGAAGCUGAUCUGAAGGAUCGUGCAAAGGCUGUCAUAGGUAGUGGUCAAUAG